AUGGACUUUUCCUCCUUACCUGACAACCUCGAAAAAGACGCCUCCCCAGACUCCAUCGCCUCCUCGGACUCGAAGAAAAAAAUCCCAAGGGAACUCACCGCCCACGGUACUACUCCGUCGGGUAAACCUCGUCUUUUCGUCUGCAACACAUGUACUAGGGCUUUUGCUCGUUUGGAACAUUUACGUCGUCAUGAGCGCUCCCACACCAAAGAAAAACCUUUUACUUGCGGCGUCUGUCAGCGUAAGUUUUCUCGAAGAGAUUUGCUUUUAAGACAUGCCCAGAAGUUACAUGCGGGUUGCGCCGAUGCCAUUACUCGCUUACGUCGUAAGCUGAUGAAAUCCAACUCUAUCUCAUCGGCUUCGGGUGAAAUGUACGACGAGGCUCUAAUGUCAUCCCAGUCUCCUUACCAAAAGGACUACAGUGACUCUACUCCGGGCUCCACCGGUUUGGGUGCCUCCAAGGGUAAUCCUGGUGUUUCGGCGUCCGCUGCUAUUCCAACGCCGGGCAACUCUCAUCGUGGCUCGUUGGAUAGUAUCCAGUUUAACUUGAACUUGUUCAAUCCCACACUGGCCCCUCGUAAGCUGAAGAAGGACGUGAAGACGCCGGCGUUAUCUCGAAACCCUUCCAUCAACAAAGACUCCAACUUGCAAAGGCAAAUGUUUGAUCGCAGAAAAACAACAAACAGAAACAGAGGUGCUUCGUUCUCGGCUCAGUCGGGUGGUAAUUAUGCUAUGGCAAUGCCCGAGUUUAAUGACUCCUACCCUGGUGCUGAUAACGUCGAGUUUUCCACUCCACAAUUGCUUCCAUCUACAAUGGGUGAUGACAAUUCAUGGUUCAGCAACUUGUCAACAAUACCCGGAAUGGAAAACUCUCACAAGAAUCCUCACAAUAGGCUUACUCGUGACGAGUCGAUUACUUCCUUGUCUUUGGAUAAUCAUGACUUGCAGAAUCCUACUUUUCAAAGCAUGAUGCGCUCAGACAGUGUCACGUCUGCUGGUUCUUUCCAUAACAUGGACGCUGGUACACCAACUCAUCCUCCUUAUCCUGCUCAAAAUGGUAGUUUCAGCAAAGCCUCUCGCAACGAACCAACGCUCAACAACGCCUCGAGGCAACAGAGUGAAGCGGGAGAUAUGGGCUACUCCUUUUAUGGAAUUCCUGAGAGCAUGAUGGCAAAGGUUUCUGGUGUCCCUAAAAUGAAUCAGCCUCUUUCGCCCAUUAAGCAAGAAUUGGAUGACGAAUUGAUGGAUUUGGAUAAUGGCAACUCAUUUGAUCCCAUGCAUAGCAUGAACAUUCCAGCGGCCAUAACAAAUGGUGUAAACUUCGACAUGAACUUCUUGAAAGACAUUGAUGAACUCACGCAAGAUUUUGAUGUUGGUUCGAAAUUUUUGCCCAACGGUUACUCCUUUUAUGGCGAUGUUCAGUCGGUCUCCUCGUCUGGGAUUGAUUCUACUCCCCCACCUCAACUUCUUUCACCUUCUGGUAUGACUGGAAACCAUCAGUAUUCUCAGUACGGCCAGACGGGCCAUGAUGAUAAUGGUCAUCCAGUCGGUGAAACUACAGGCCCUUCGGAUGGUGGCUACAGCAGAACAAACUUGUUCACCAGGAACAUCAGGUACAUGAUCAAUAAGUCUUUGAGCAAGUACCCAAUCAGUGGUAUCAUGUCUCCGUCCAUUCCUUCCAACGAGAAAUUGGAACAGUACUUACAAAAUUUUGUGAACAUGUUCCUCUCACACUUUCCUUUUAUCCAUCCCUCAAAGCUUAACGAAUACGAGAUUAUGAGCAUGACUUCCAAUGAACCUAUGAGUAAUGAGAGCGCUCGUGUAUGUAUGCCGCUUUUGGUGGCUACUAUCGGUGCUUUGUUGGCUAAUAACAAGAAUGACUCUGAACAUCUUUACGAGGCUUCCCGCAGAACCAUCCACAUCUACUUGGAGAAUCGUAAGAACUCGGCAGGUGACAUUAUUGGUGCCUCGCAAAGUCCCACACAGACAGUUAAUCCACUUUGGUUGAUCCAAUCGCUCACAUUAUCUGUCAUUUACGGUUUGUUCUCUGACAAUGAAAACAAUGUCUAUAUUGUCAUUCGCCAGCUUAAUGCUUUGAACUCAUUAGUGAAGACGUCUAUCAAGAGCAACAGGAAAAUACUUUUCAGUAUCAGUGGUGAAGAUGAAGAAUACUUCAAGAUUAUUCAUGAAGGUGGCACCUCGGAUAAGAAUCUUUCCAUGUUUUCUGGCGAAGACGAGAAGGGUGAAGUGCUUUUCAAGAACAACAUUAGUCUUCAGUCACAAGCCAGAAUUGUGUUCAUGAUUUACAAGUUGACGAACUUCAUCUUGAUGACAUACAACGUUCCUCUUACUUUGAGUAUCAAUGACUUGGGUAGCUUGAUGUGCCCUAACACAUACGAUGAGUACUUAUGGAGCUUCAGAAGCUACAGUGAGUUUACAAACUAUCAAAAGGCGACAGAUACUCCACACGGGCUCGACUUUUACUUGAGUAAAAAUGAGCACAAUUCUAUUGUCUUCAAGGACCUUUUGUUCAAACUUCUGAAGAAUGAUAUGAACCCAUCGCUCGUGUCGCAGUUGUCCAACCUUAGUAAGUAUGGUUUCACGUCGAUCGCACAUGGAAUCUACGAGAUGAAGCAGUAUGAGGAAAUGAAGUACAUUGAUGUCUUCUCGAUCUUGGAUAGCUUGACGAUGUUCAUCGAUAAUGCGAAGAAUAAUGCUGAUACGAGGAUAGUGAAAGAGGCCUCUUUGGAUUUUGAAAAACAGGAUUACGCCUUGUUGGUCAGUUUCAUAAAGUUCAGCUCCACGAUCGACUUCAGGCUUGUUAAGGAACAAAGUUGGUUAAAGAACUACGAUGAACUCACCAAGAACUAUCACAAGUUUUUGAGUUCAACAGAUAUGAUCGAUGACAGCGAAUUCUUGAAGGUGAUUGACAGCUGUAUACUCAUCAUCAAGCUCAUCUUGUUCAAGACUGAAGACAGAGGAAGCGACAAUUCAGACGGUCUCUCCCAAGAGUUCCGUUUUGGUGACAACAGUUUACUGCAUCAAUAUAACACUGCUACGGAUUUCGAAAAGAUGUUAGGUUGGAAAGUCAACGACGAGAUUGACAUUACGAAGAACUCAGUACACUCCCAAAUGUUGUUCCAUGUGUUCACGGUACUUUCAGUGUUUGCCAUUUUUAUUGCCAAGCGCAACAAUGUGCUGAAUGAGUUUUCCAGAAAUAACAAGAAUAACUUCACAAGCCAGCUUAACCAAAGGUUCAUGGUUGUGCUCCGAGUUCUCGCCAGAAUUGAGCAGUUCUUGAAAACCAAAUACCGCAACUCGAAGCAUGAGUCUGAUCUCACCAAUCUUUACUUGUUUUCGUCCUUCAACAACGACAGCUUACUCAUGGACAGUACCGAGUUUAUGCAUAGCGACGAGGCAAUGGAGCAGCUUGUUAAUUCUCACGAGAACUACUUUGCCUAUAGCUUGGAAAAGUCGCUUUAUGUGCUCAAAAUCGGAGAGCUUAUGUUACGAUACUUGUAUGAUACCAACAUAAAGGUUUGCAUUUUCAGAAAGUUAAGCGGAAGUCUUCUGCAAAUGAGAAAAUUCUUGAUUGACAAUGAAAGCCGAAUCCUUACUUGA